AUGGAUAUGUACGACUCCGCGUUAUCACCGGCGGUGGACAUCGGCGCAGGUUGUUUUCUGCUGGUUGUAGCUGUUUUCUCCAUAGUAGGAAACCUGCUCGUCCUCGUCAUGGCAGUCAAAAGGUCUGAGAGGAUGAAACCGCCGGAGCUGCUGAGCGUGAAUCUGGCGGUGACAGACCUGGGAGCGGCCGUCACCAUGUACCCGCUGGCCGUGGCCUCCGCCUGGAGACACCGCUGGGUCGGCGGAGACGCUACCUGCGUUUACUACGCCGUGGCCGGGUUCUUCUUCGGCAUCGCCAGCAUCAUGAACCUGACCGGCUUGGCCAUAGUGCGCUUCAUUGUGUCCCUCAAUCUGCAGUCACCCAAUGAGAAGAUCGGCUGGAGGAAGGUGAAGCUGCUGUGCUUGUGGACCUGGCUCUACGCUCUGAUCUGGGCCAUGUUCCCCUUCAUGGGUUGGGGGCGGUACGGCCCUGAGCCCUUCGGCCUGUCCUGCUCUCUCGCCUGGGGACAAAUGAAGCACGAGGGCUUCUACUUCGUCGUCUCCAUGUUCUCCUUCAACCUCGUCAUCCCUUCUGUGAUCAUCGUCUGCUGCUACUUCGGCAUCGCCAUCAAGCUUUAUUUUACCUACAGAAGGUCGGAGACCAACAGCAACCGAAUCCCCAACAUUGUGAAGCUCCAUCGGAGGCUGUUGGUGAUCGCUGUGCUUAUAAGCUUAGGCUUCAUUAUCUGCUGGUCGCCCUAUGCCAUAGUGAGCAUGUGGUCUAUUUUACACGAAAGCAGCAGCAUCCCACCUCAAGUCAGUCUCCUGCCGUGCUUGUUUGCGAAGAGCUCCACCGUAUACAAUCCUCUGAUCUACUACAUCUUCAGCCAGAGCUUCAGGAAGGAGGUGAAGCAGCUGUUUCUGUACUUCAGCUCUCCCAUAUGCAAAGUCUCCAACAGCAUCAAUGACACCAGCAUUUAUAUGGUCAGCACUAAUGUUAAGUCCAAUGUACAUGUAGUGUCUACUACACAGGAGAUCCCGGAGUGA